GAUGUCAUACAUUUUGUCAAAACUCAAACUCAAAUCACAAAUAGAAAAUAAACGACUAUUUUCGGUACUCGAAUUGAAAUUGCAUUUCUGUAACUAAGCUGGGAUUUUACCGUUUUAAAUAACAUAGUUUCACAUAUUUGAUUUCUUAAAAUCUACCUACAUUUAAAUAAUAGUUUUAAGAAUGUCAAGCUUAAAAAAGGGAGUCCGAGAGAGUGAUUUACUUGACCAGAAUCAUGAAUUGGUUCAGGCAGUUCAGAAUUGGAAGAUGGUUGCUGGAGAAAAAGAAAAGCAUAUAUUAAAGCUAACAAAAGAGGCUAAUGACUUAAAAAUUCAAAUGAGCAUACUAAGGAAUAAAGGUUGUGCUUGUGCACGAAAACUAGAAACUGCUGUGCAAAAAAUUGGCGAAACAGCAUUAUCGCAUUUAGUCCAAGGAUCAAAUGCUGUAGCAAGUAUAAUCGAGCUUAUUAAAAACUAUAUGAGAGAGAGAGAAGAGCUAGAAAUCUCUUCACGCCAGCCUCUAAUAGACAGCACUCCAAAUACUGAAAGAGUGCAAAGAGUUCCUCCUUUAAUGCUGGAAGGAAAAUCUAUACAGCCUGUAGUAUCAUUAAGUCGUGCAAUGUUACCUGAUAAUAGUUUGAUAGGAAGUAAUGGGUCAAAUGAAAAUUACAAUAGACAAGAUAGACCCUUGCCAAUGCGGAUAUUUCCAGAAGUAUACAUACCGCUUACAAGGAUUGAUGUCAAUAUGACUCCUCCUGAUAUAGAAAAUAAUCAAGACACUAGUGUGGAAGACAUGGGAUUAGAUGAAGAAAAUGGUGAGUUAUCUGAAGAAGAGGAUGGUCCAAACACCCCGACAGAUGAUCACAGAGAAAAAUUAAGCGUUCUUCUAGAAGAAUCUGAAGAAAGCAGAACACCAUCAAUAGCAGAUCCAUUGGAAGGCCCUAGCCGGUUACUUGACACUCCCAAUUUUAAUGGCCCGAUCAUAGAUCAGUCUACGCGUGAAUUUACGCCCACAAUGCGCCGGCGCAAACGCAUUUCCUCACCGCGUGCCGUGGAAUUAUCGCCUAUACUCAUACCCCGUCAUGUUAUACCGAGGCAUAAGACGCAUGGUCGUAUUCUAAAGGUUCUAGUUGCAAAAAUGCGAUUUGAAGACGAUAAUGCGGGGGUGUCUCCUGCAAAGAAAGAGAAGAUAGAGGCAAGAAAGUCAGAUAAAAUUGGAUCUUCACAGGAUAUAGAUACGAGCGAAAAAGCCAAUUCAUCUCAAGAUAAACCGCUCUCUCCGAGGCAUAAUGCCAAUUCACCACGUCAUAAAAGUGUCCCACCUUGGGAAAAGCCUGGCUCGUCCAAAGAUAAACACGUUUCGCCCUGGGCUAAUCGCGAGCCAUCCCGAGAUGGGUCACCCUGGGAAAAGCUGAGUUCAUCUCGAAAUGAAUGCAAUUCCCCCUGGCACAGAGCUGGUUCAGUUACAGAAAAAGCCAGUUCACCACAUCAUAAAAGUGUACCACCUUGGGAAAAGCCUGGCUCAUCCAAAGAUAAACACGUUUCGCCCUGGGAUAAUCGCGAGCCAUCCCGAGAUGGGUCACCCUGGGAAAAACGGAGUUCAUCUCGAAAUGAAUGCAAUUCCCCCUGGCACAGAGCUGGUUCAGCUAUAGAAAAAGCCAAUUCAUCGCUAGAAAAUGAUUGCAUGGCUGAAGUUUCAUCUCACUCGGCAGCGCAGGAAAGUGUACAAGGAAAUUCACCUAACCCACUAUUGAAAAAUAGACGUCAAAAAAGGACCGUGUCUCGAGAGCAUGAAAGUUCUGGCGAAAGUAGUCAAUCGAACUUAAGAAUACAGAAGGGUAUGCGAGAUAGGCGGAAGACAAAGGAUUCGCCGGGAAAGUUUCGCAAUGAUAUAUAUAGAUUUUCCAUUAAUUCUGAAAACAAUGAAGAUAGGCCAGAGUUUGAUGCGCCGAGCCCCAAUGGUGCGACGAACACUAGAGUCAUUGUGCAAGAAGCUCAAAUUAAAAUAGAGCCGGAAAGCCGUCCCGACAUUCGCACUGUUAAGCGGAAUACUAGUACGGAUACGGUCAGCGAAUGUAGCGAUGAUGUACCGGAGACAAGGUCAAGGCGGGUGCGAAAACCGGUUACGUAUAAGGAAAAUUUAAAAGGUAAACUUCGAAGGUGAUGAGAAGAUACUUUACCUUUAGACUGCAUUGUAAAUAUUAAUUGUCUAUUAGACCAAACGCUAUGUUUACGAUAAUUUGUUUAGUAAUCAAUUGCCAGUACUGAUCACUGUGUGAUAUAUUUAUUAUUAUGAAGUAUGUAAACUUCCUUCACGUAUUGUUGUAGUGACUGAUUAACUUAGGGAACGUACUUAAGCUAAAUUAUAAUUUAACAAGUAACAGUUAACAUUGCUUGUUUAGGUGUCCAUUUGAGUUCCAUGUAUUCAUAUUGUUAAGAACUAGGGGAUUUCAGAGUCAAAGUCAAAAAUAAUUUAUUCAUAUAG